GUAGCUCUAACAAUAGAAAUAGUAAAUUGUGCAUCCAUAUGAUUUCAGGUUGAGAACAUGAACUCCAGCGCUGUCUCAGAGUACAGUAACUCCUCUUUACUCCUCCUGAAUGCCAUACCGCGGGACAGCUUCAGCGCUGCUCUCACUAAAAACAUUGUGGCCAUGCUUGUGUGGCUGGCGCUCAGUAUCCUUAACUGCAGUAUGGUGUCCACUUUCCGCAAUCACAGUUUCUUCUAUGAAGAUCCACGUUAUAUCAUGUUUAUCUGCAUGGUCAUUAAUGAUGCAGUACAACUGACGCUGGUCACCGCCUUGUAUGUGGUGAGUUAUGCCUUCUCAAAGAUCCUGGCAUCUGCCUGCUGCCCGCUGAUCAUGACCGCUGUGACGACCACGCGCUCCACCCCGCUCAUCCUGGCCGGCAUGGCCCUGGAGCGCUACAUCUCCAUCUGCUUCCCUCUCCAUUACAGCCACAUCUGCACGGUCACCCGCACCAUGUGGAUCAUCGGAGUCGUAUUCCUCCUGAGCUUCACUCCACCUCUCACCGAUCUUUUCAUCAGCGUGGCCAAAGAACCACCACUGUUCUUCCACACGUCCAUUUUCUGCGAUCACUCACUCCUAUUCCGAGACCGUUCAAUUUAUUACAAGAACUGCGUGUUUGACAGCGUGUAUUUCUCUUUUGUCUUCUUGACUUUGCUUUAUACGUACUGUAAGAUCAUGCUGACGGCCCGUGCGGCCUCCACUGACCUGGUGUCAGCCAAGAAGGCCCGAAACACAGUGCUGCUCCAUGGGGUUCAGCUGUUGCUGUGCAUGCUGGCGUUUGUCGUGCCGUCCAUGCAGGCUCCGCUCAUACAACUGUUUCCAAUGUAUGGCCUAGAGAUCCGUUAUGUUAAUUUUCUUCUGGUCUACAUUAUCCCACGGUUUCUCAGUCCUAUGAUUUAUGGAUUCAGGGAUGAGAAGUUUCGCAAGUAUUGGCUCAAAUACUUUGUCUCUAAAGCACACAAAGUAAAUCCGGACAGAUAUUUCUCUCAAAAGCCUGGAUGAUGUUUUGUUCAUUUCUGUGCCACAUGAAUGAUUUGUAGGUGACACUGAUUUCUGGAGUAAAGAAAUAUUUCAGAAAUCGAAAAUUUCAUUUUAACAGGCUAUGUUGAUAUAGAAAAUUAUAUGAUCCAAAAGAUAAAAUCCAUAUAAUUGUGUAUUUAAAACUAAAAGACCUGUUUGAAAAGAAGCCCUUCACACUGCUAAAUUGUUAAACACUUUUGGCACUAUACAAACUUUGUAUAAAGGUUUAUAUUAAUAUAUAAGACAGUAGUUAAAAUUACAAUUUCAAGUUAAAAUGUGUAUAUGUAUGUGUAUGAGCAAAGUAUAUUGUUGCUAUAAUUGGCGUUCUUGUUUGUUUGUUUGUUUUUACUUAAAAAUACAGUAUCUUAAAAAUAUCCAAAAAAGCAUCUAGGACAUGCAAACCUUGAUCGGCAUUGCAUCAUUUUAAAGAAGGUCAUGUCCUUUAGAGA